UUUCCUUCUCGUUCUUCGUUCGUUUCCCAUGUACAUGAUCCUCUUCUAUUUCCCAUCUUCAGUCUAUCUCCCUACAAAACGUAGUCUCUCUUUCUUUCUCCCAGGAAAGGAUGCAAGAAAUAGAUGAGAAGGAGCUUUUGAACCUUCGGCUUUCCGUUGCAGAAGAUUCUGGUGGUGAGAGGAAGCGACAGAGAAGAGAUGAUUCAAACUCUUUGCAUCCAUGUGAAGGCUAUGAAGGGAGGAUUUUUAGACUGCUUCACAAGAGGGAGCAAAUGUUAAGAUUAGACCCCAGGAAGGAAAAGAUGGUGGAUGAUGAUGGAAAGGGUCUUCAUUUGAUCCAUCUGUUGCUCGUAUCUGCCACUGCAGUUGAUGAGAACAACCUUAACUCCGCCAUAGAGAACUUGGUUGAAUUAUACAGAGUUGCAUCCUUGACUGGUAAUUCGAUGCAGCGGCUUGCGGCUUAUUUUGCAGAUGGUUUGGCUGCCAGACACCUAACCCAGAGAUCUCCCUCGUUUGACAUGAUCAUGGAGGAACCCACAGCAGAAGAACAGUUCUUGGCCUUCACAGAACUCUAUCGAGUCUCUCCUUAUUACCAAUUUGCUCAUUUCACCGCAAACCAGGCAAUAAUUGAGGCCUUCGAAAAGGAGGAAAAGCACAACAACAGAAGUUUGCAUGUAAUCGACUUCGACAUCUCCAAUGGGUUCCAAUGGCCUUCUCUAAUUCAAUCCCUUUCGGAAAAGGCAACCAGUGAUAAUCAAAUCUCUCUUCGCAUUACAGGGUAUGGUAGAAGCUUGGAGGAAGUGAUGGAAACUGAGACCAGAUUAGUGAACUUCUCAAAGGGUUGUCACAAUCUAAAAUUUGAAUUCCAAGGGUUGCUGAGAGGUUCUAAAUCCAUUCAUCCGAGGAAAGGAGAUGGAACAGUUGCAGUGAACUUGGUGUUUUAUUUGCACACCUUAGGCAAUUCUUUACAGAUUUCUGAUACGUUGAAGUUGGCUUAUUCCCUUGAUCCUUCUGUUGUAAUCUUGGUGGAACAAGAAGGUAGCCGAAGCCCUCGAAACUUCUUGUCAAGAUUUGUAGAUUCUAUACACUAUUUUGCCGCCAUGUUUGAUUCUUUGGAAGAUUGUCUCCCAAGAGACAGUGCCGAGAGGUUGAGCAUUGAGAAGAAUCAUUUGGGUAAGGAGAUAAAGAAAAUGAUUAGCUAUGAGAAGGAUGAUGAGCACAACCAGAGGUAUGAGAGGUUAGAAACAUGGAAAGGAAGGAUGGAGAGUCAUGGGUUUAAGGGAAUUAACCUAAGCUCAAAGUCAUUGAUUCAGGCGAAGCUUCUUUUGAAAAUUAGGAGCAACUGUUCUCUUCUUGAGGUAGGUGGAGGUGGUGGGUUCAGAAUUUUUGAGAGAGAUGAGGGAAGGGCUCUUUCUCUUGGGUGGCAGGAUAGGUACCUAAUAACAGCCUCAGCAUGGAAAAUUUAAAUGAUAGAUGAUCUUCUAACACAUUUAUCAUUUUUCUUGGUAAUAUUGACAGUACUUUCUCUGCAUCAACUACUUUACCAUGUUCACAUAACCACCAUUAAGUAGAAUUUCUGUACAAUUAAUUUUGAGAUUA